AUGGGUGAUGAAGAACCUAUGGAGGUAGACCAAUUGGAGCAGAGACCAGCCCGUUUAUUGGGAGAUUCCGACAUCGCAGCGAUUAUUGCGGCAAUGAAAGUUGAGCAGAUUUCAACUUCCGCCCUUAGCUCAGCUUCGAGUCCUUCUUUUGUUCGCAAAGGGUAUGCAUCCCAGUACGAGUUCAACAUGUCGAUAACACACAGUCUCAGUCAAAUGAUUAGAAACGGAAUGAGAAAGGAGAACGAGGAAAUCUUGGAAUCAACUCUGACUUCAAUCAAGAUUGCCGAUAAGCACCCCGGAGUGUUCUCCUUCUUAGACAGUAAGAAGCAAGCGGAAGCCAUAAAACCGUCAAGCCCAUUUCUAUCCGAAUAUUUGGAGAAGAUACAGAAGGAAGGGGAAAAAGUCAAGAAGAAGAGAGGUUCCUCUCCAGGGCCUGUUAGCCAGCCCUUUCGAGGCAGGGACUCGGUGUGGCGACCCGACUCGCGCUCUUUCUCGUACGCCCCAAGAUACAAACCCUAUCAACAAUCAGCUCAACCCUCUUAUCCCUACCGCGUGGAACGAUACGGAUAUAAAAGUGGCUUCUCGCCUCGCACACCUCACCAGAAAUAUGGCAGAGAGAAAGCAGAACGACCGAGAAAGGUGGUAAUAGCAGAUCCUCGUGGAUUCAUUCCGAGUUUGUUGAUAAAACAUCUACUACCGCGGGGAGGAUUCAUGACAACUUUUGAUUUGAAAAGCGGCUUUCACCAUAUACGCAUAGCAGAACGCAGUCAGCGUUUCUUGGGUUUUUAUUGGAACAAUAAGUAUUAUAAAUUCACUCUUCCAGCACCUCACAUAUUCACCAAAUCCUUAGCCUUUGAUAGAAUUAGAAAGCAGGCAAAGGAAGUGGCAAUGUACCUUGACGUGCCUAAUUUUUGGCGCAUCAUAGACGAGUGGGAGAGAAUAUUAAAAGGAGAUCCCGAAUACCUCAAAGGUCGGAUGUCGAACUUCGAAACAUACGCACCCGAAUCAUUGUUAACGGCCUCCAGCACGAGUAGGGAGUUGUUCGCAAUACAUUUCGGGUUGCUUACUUUUGGCCCCGUGCUAUCAGGGACUGUUCUCUUGAGAACAGACAAUCAAGCAGCGUGUACGAUUUACAAGACCGGAAGCAUUUUAGAACACCUUCAGAUACAAGCGGAAUCCAUAUGGGAGUUGGAAAACAGUCUAGGACUGGAUAGGGUCAUCAUAGAAUGGAUUCCAAGAGAGGAAAAUGUGAUGGCAGAUAGCGAAAGUAGAGAAUUGGAUUUCGACAGUUGGGGAAUAAAUUGCUCUACAGCAUGGUGUCCUUAUUGGCCAUCACAGGCUUACACACUCAUAUUGAAGCCAGACGGGGUUAAUUGGGCAAACUUUGUCAAAGACGGCAUUUUGUUUCCAGUGGGCUCCAAAAUUUUCAGACCUUGCCCGCAUUCAAAGGUAUUCUCUAGCGAAUUCUCAAAACUA